ACGGAAGUGGGCGUCCAGAAGCCGGAAGCGGGCAAGCACGGUUGAGCCAGGGUCGCUGUGAGCUGCGGCUGAGGGGCGGGUGGAGCCUGCGAUGGCGGAGAAGUUUGACCAUCUGGAGGAGCACCUGGAGAAGUUUGUGGAGAACAUUCGGCAGCUCGGCAUCAUCGUCAGCGACUUCCAGCCCAGCAGCCAGGCGGGGCUCAGCCAGAAGCUGAACUUCCUUGUUACGGGCUUACAGGACAUAGACAAGUGCAGACAGCAGUUGCACGAUAUCACGGUGCCUCUGGAAGUUUUUGAAUACAUCGACCAAGGUCGAAAUCCUCAGCUCUACACCAAAGAGUGCCUGGAGAGGGCGCUAGCUAAGAACGAGCAAGUCAAGGGGAAGAUCGACACAAUGAAGAAAUUUAAAAGCCUGCUGAUUCAGGAGCUUUCUAAAGUGUUUCCAGAAGACAUGGCCAAGUACCGGAGCAUUCGGGGGGAAGACCACCCACCUUCCUAAGUGUGUGAAGUCCCCACGUUUUAAUUGCCGGGACUGAUCCAGUGAGAAGCCGUGCCUGCCAAUGCUGCCUUCCAACCAUGUGAGCUGGCCUUGUCCCUACCUCCUCUUGCCGUCAUUUGACCUUGUGGGACUCGGGCUGGAGCUGGAGAGCUGUGCCCAGCUGCCCUGCAGCUCUCAGACCCUUCUUCUCUAGGGAAGACAGGCAGGAAGACAGCCUUGCGGAAAUGUGAAAUGGGAUUGGGAUUCUACUUGACGUUUUCUUUUUAUGUGCUUUGUUCUGUUACACUACCCAUAAGAGGAAACUUGGUUUUAUAUUUUACAUUUUCAGAUGUGCAUAAGA